UUCCCACCAAACUUUCUUCAAUUCUUCCAUCUAUGUAAUGUAAACAUUGAAGAGUGAGUGCAGGGUUUGCAGGCUUCUGAAACAUUAACAAUGGGGAAAGAUAACAACACUUCAGAAAUGCAAAAUGGGAGUGAUAAAAAAUGUUUGGGUAGAAGAGUGUUAUCAGCUGGAGAUUUGGUUCAUCAAGGGAAAUUGAAUGGCAGUAAAGGAGUUUACAGUGGGAGGAAGAGGCCAUUAUGGUGGCUCUUUAGGCAUGCUAGGUCCAUUAUCUUAACAAUCUUGUUAGUGGGUUUUCUUUUUCUUUUGGAUUCUCUCAUGUUUGCCAUUUCUGAUUCUCUUCAUCUCACUGCUUCAUCAACACAAUCAGAGGGUGGGAGAAUUGGCUUUGUGAACAAUAAAGAGGAAAGAAGACCGGUUAGGAUGUACGAUCGGCUUCUAAACAUGGCUGCCAGCUCUCUUGCAGAGAGGGAGUUUAAGCAAGAUGCAUCGAAGCUAUGGCAAGAGCCAUAUCCUCGGGCCGCCUCCAAAUGGAAGCCUUGUGCAGAUAGAAAAAGUGCAGAAGUAUUUAAAUUUGUCAGGGCAGUGAAACGUAACGACACUGGGUACAUAUUGGUCAGUGCAAAUGGAGGCUUAAAUCAACAAAGAGUUGCUGUCUGCAAUGCUGUUGCUGUAGCAUCUUUACUGAAUGCAACAUUGGUCAUACCCAAAUUUCUUUACAGCAAUGUUUGGCAGGACCCGAGCCAGUUUGAGGACAUAUAUGAGGAGGAGCAUUUCAUGGAAACACUGAAGGAUGAAGUGAAUAUUGUAAAGGAUCUACCUCCCCAUCUCAAACUACUCGAUUUGGAAACAGCUGGGAGCAUAGUAACUGAUGCAGAUCUGUCGAAGGAAGCAACACCUGAUGAAUACAUCAAGACUGUAUUGCCCAUCCUCUUACACAAUGGAGUUGUUCAUUUUCUUGGAUUUGGAAACAGGCUUGGUUUUGAUCCACUGCCCUCUCACUUGCAGAGACUAAGGUGCAAGUGCAACUUCCAUGCCCUAAAGUUUGUACCAAAGAUCCAAGAAACUGCUUCUCUACUAGUUAAACGUAUACGCAAUCAUGGUGGCAGUAGGAGCAUGCUGGACAAACAACUCCUUGGAAAUUUCAUUUCCCACAACCAUAAUCAACUUCUCCCUAUGGACACCUCUACCCGGUACCUCGCGUUGCACUUGAGAUUCGAAAUCGACAUGGUAGCUUACUCCAUGUGCGAAUUCGGUGGGGGAGAAACCGAAAGAAAGGAGCUCCAAGCUUACAGAGAAGUCCAUUUCCCUCUGGUUCUUGAAAGACUGAACAAAUCAAAGACUAUAAUUUCUCCAGAGGAACUAAGGAGAAGUGGAAGGUGUCCAUUAACACCAGAAGAAGCAGCACUGGUUCUUGCUAGCCUUGGUUUUAAGCAUGAAACUUAUAUCUACCUUGCUGGCUCAGGCAUUUAUGGAGGUGAAUCCAGGAUGCAACCUUUAAGAACCCUUUAUCCCAAUCUAGUCACCAAGGAAGAUCUUCUUUCACCAAUUGAACUUGCUCCUUUCAGAAAUUAUUCAUCUCAGCUUGCAGCAUUGGACUUCAUAGCGUGCGCAACGGCGGAUGUGUUCGCCCUAACAGACUCAGGCAGCCAGCUAUCAUCUCUGGUUUCAGGAUUCCGAUCAUACUACGGCGGGGGGCGUGCUCCCACGCUCAGGCCAAGCAAGAAGAGGCUGGCAACAAUUUUGUGGGAGAACAACACCAUAGGUUGGAGCAGUUUUGAGGAAAGAAUAAGAAAGAUGAUUGAUGAAGGACAAAAAGUGCGCUCCAGGGCUUUUGGUCGAAGCAUUUAUCGCCAUCCAAGAUGCAAACACUGCAUGUGCAAACUUCAGUAGUACACUUGCUAUUCUUCAUAUUCUCCAUCUAAUUCUUUCAAUACCAACCUUGUAUUGCAUAUAUCAGUUCAACAAAUUAAAGAAUCAUUCUUUUCAAUUUUUUAUAUGUAUAGUAGUUGGUUAUUUCAAAGGGAAAAUCGCACUUUUGGU